UGUGUCAUCCGAAGAUGCUGCCCCAGUGUCUUGCAACGGCACGUCGAUGAUCGUCCAGCCGCCUCUGUGGGUCAAGAUGUUCAAAGAUGAAGCGCAUUUCAUCUGCUCACCGGGCUUCAAACUCCAGGGGCAAAAUAUACUGACCUGUUUGAACACGAACUGGGACAGGCCUAUGCCGAGCUGCGAGAAACUUCCAACGAACAUGAUCACUCCAAACCCUCCGGACGAAACUAAGGUUGUGCCGGUGACAAGGACAGCCCAUCCUAUCUCUCGCAGAAAACUUCCGUUCCCAGAGCAGUUCGAGGUCUUUUUCAAGUACACGAAAGACGAUCGAUCACCAUUCACGAAAAUUCCCACCGAAGAGCCGACCGCAUCAGAUGCUCAGGAGCCGGACGACGACGAGUACAAAUGUCCUUACGAUCACAGAGAGUGGACUCUAAUAAAUCUCAACUCGAUCUCCGAUUGGCUCGACUCGAACGUGGGUCAUGUGAUAAUCCUGAGCCAAGAGUUCAUCGAUGACUCCCCGCAAUCGCAGAGGCUUGCAGCCGAGAUGUUGGCCCGCUUCAACGAUCCAUUCUUCCGCUUUUACGCUCGUCUGGCCACAGCCGAGAAGAGUAUGUCCAUUCAGGGCCUGACCAAGAAAUUCCAGCAGAGCUCACCUUUCCUGCAAUUGCGGAAGAAAACGCGCGAGGAUCUUCUCGAAUCCGAUUAUUACGGCUCACACUUCGAGGAAGUCUUCAAAGAUAUAAUCCUCCCAUACACCAAAGUCAUCAGCUUGCCAAUGUCAGAGGAAUCUCGACCACCUUCGCUCGCAGUGGAUAACAUCAGAGCCGACCCGGCCAGCGAAGAACCUCUCGACAUUCUUCCUGUCGAUACUUCUCCUGCCGAUAGAGUUCCGACAAUGUUCCCGCACUUGCUUACUCCCGACGUAGAUGAGAUUCCUGGGGUCACCGUCCCUUCCGAAUCGGUCGAGAAGGAGAACCUCUCAGGGGAGGACUCGCAGAGGAGCAACGUCAAACGCGACAGAGGCGACGCGGAGAAGUUUCUCCCUGUGAGAGGUGAAGGGAACGAUUUCUUCAACAGACCCAUCGAACAGAAACUUGAAGGUCACAAAGCGAGGGAGCAGGAAAGAAUGCACCGCAACACCUACCUGGAUUAUCUGAAGCUCAUCGUGAAACACAUCAUCGAAUACCGUAUCCCCAAGGACAAAUGGCCGGAAUCUCUACGACAGUUCGACUUGCAAGAGCUCACAGUCGUUCUCCAGAUUCCGAGUCCCGAGCCUCCCGUGACCCCGGAAUGCAUCCCUCCUUGGCGACUCGGUUUCGAGCUUGUGACGAACGGCACCGCAAUGCUACAGGGAACAGACAAAGUCAUAAUCAGAUGUAACCCCGGAUACUACCUGCGCGGAGCAGGCGAAUUGUUCUGCGACAGGGGUCGAUGGGUUCCUCCCCGUGGAGCCGGAAUGCCAACUUGUGUCAGCACGGGCCAAGAGCUGCGAUGUUCUGAUGCACUCCCGGGCUUGCAGAACGGACGAAUCCUGAAAGCAGAUGUUGAAUACUUGCUCUACGAGUGUCUCCCCGGCUUCAAGAUCGAAGGGACGAACAUGCUCCUCUGUCGGAACGGGGAAUGGGUCCCGAGCAUCGGAGAGGUCAUGCCUGUUUGUCGCGUCUCCCGUCAGCCGAGGAAUUGCGGGCCCCCUCCUAUUCCGCCGCGAGGGGGUGUCACGGAACCGCAUCUCAUGAAUGAUGGGGUGAGGCUGGUCGUUCGAUAUUACUGUCACGCGAACUACUCCAUGGAGGGACCAGAUUACUCCAUUUGCACCGACGGGGAAUGGCUGCCGCAAUCGUUCCGCUGCAACAUUGGCGACACGGAUAUAAUUCCGAGGAACCCCGAAAUGCCCCAGGAACCGAAAGUUUGCAGGAAGCUGGUCGUGCCCAACGCGAGCGUCAAGUACUAUGAAGACGGACGGAGCUCCGUGCGUGUAACCUGUCUUCCCGGAUACAGAAUGGUCGGCGCGUCUUACCUCCGCUGCGAAAACGGUGACUACGUGGACCCUAUUCCAAAAUGCGUUGAUCGCGGAGUCGCGGACUCGUGUGGACCCGUUGUGGCUCCUUUCCACGGUAGCGUGCAAUACGUCACCGAGACCGCCGUAAGAUUCUCCUGCGAUCCUGGUUACGUCCUGCGAGGAAGAGAUCGCGCCACCUGUUACCUUGGCCAAUGGAGCGAUCCUGCGCCGAGAUGCGUGAUCCGCGAUAGCUGUGACAACAACGACGAGCUCUUGAACAAAAACCUCGUUGGCUACGUGUACAACAACGGAAGGUGGUUGGAGUGUCUGGAAAGGGUCGAGAUGUUCGGCCAAAACCACCAGUACUGUCGCAACGGAACCUGGGACAUCGAGCCCACCUGCGGCUCUGUCGACAGCGCGCAGAAAACUUCGAUUCUCUAUCCGGAAUUCAUCGAUUGUCCUCUACCCGAAGCUCCGCUCGCGAACGAGAUCACCAUCUCGUCCCGGGGUCGCAAGAUCUACUACCGCUGCAAAUAUCAGGACGCAACACUCGAAGGAGAGAGAGUCAAUGAAUGUGUAUCUGGCCGCUGGAUCCACGCGGCACCGUACUGCAGCCGACGUGGACCGUACCCCGCACCUCGGCCAACUUCGCGACCCCAAAUUGCGCCAUCCCGUGGAUGCUCGGCAAGACCGAUCCGCGGAGGCGAGGGAUAUGUCUACAGCGAAGGUCGCGUGAUAAUUUAUCAAUGCAAGAUGAUCUACCUCAUCAGAGGAGCGACUACUCUGAGAUGUGAACGGUCCCAGUGGAGCAACCCGAUUCCUCGCUGCGAAAGCCCGAGUCAGAGUUUGAUCCAGGAAGACGGAGAGAUAUUCUACGAGGCGUCCUCGUGUCCGCCACCUCCGACUUACCGUGAUACGACGAUCAACAUCAGGAACAAGGGCUUGAGAGUGAUUUUCGCCUGUAAGAACGGAAGUCUGACGUUCCACGAUUGUAUCAACGGGCGAUGGAUAGGCAAAGAUCCCGAAUGUGGAACAAGCGUUCAGACCGGCGUAUGCGAACCUCAGGAAAUCGAAAACGGGAGGUUCUUCCACUACCGAUCGAAUGCCGGUCGCAUACAAUGCAACGGAAAUUUCGUCGUCGAGAACUCCGACUCCUCAAGAGUGGUGGAGGUCUCCUGUGACCCUGAUAGCGGACGUUGGAGCUUCGGCUUGAGCCCACCGAGAUGCGUUCCUCAACCAGAAGACAUUCAGGAUGACAGACCUUUCAGCGGAUUGGACGAUUCGAGCUGGGAGAGCCGGCAACAGGUCGACGACUGCGAGCCGCCCGAGGUAUCUCCCGACUUCACGUUCUACAUACAAAAGGAUGGAAGAUCGAUCGCGCUCGGCUGCAAAAAACCGCGCGCGAAGCGUAACACGGCGAGGCUCGACUGUUCCGAAGGAAAGUGGAGUCUUUUGGCCGGCGAGACCUGCUCAUCGGAUUGCGGUCUGGCUGACGUGAACAUCGAAAACGGAGUCAAAAUCGUUUAUAACAACAAUGAAUUCGUCUUCCAAUGUCUACCGAAUUACGAGAUGGUUGGCGCGCCUUUCGCCUACUGCGCCGGAUACGUGCCGGACGCUGUCUACAAUUCCAGUAUGGUCCAAGAAGAUGGACCGAACUUCAUUGCUCCGCAAUGCCGGCGAACCGAUAAUGAGCUGAGACCGAUUUCCGGUGGGGACAUUCUGGAUUUGGACUCGUUCCAGCCCUGCGUGUGGUUAGCCAAGUUCGGUAAAAUAUACUCCAAGAAUCAAGACAUCUACGUCUCAGCUCUGGGGAAGCUAGUCACGUGGAGAGCCGAAGGUAAAGAACACACUGCCGAGUGCGACAAGGGGAUGUGGGUUCACACAGCCAUUCAAACGCGAGGCAACUGCGACACUCUGCCAAGUGAACCGGAUCAAGGUACUUUCUUCUUAUAUGAGGAUUCGCGAGGAAUUUCGGUCUACUUCCAAUGCCUGGACGGAUACCGUCUCGUCGGCCCCCGCAUCGGAGUGUGCAGCAAGUCGCGAGUCGAAGUUCCGGACUGCAUCGCCGACGCUUCAGCAGCUCGAGGCGCUCUCGCGAAAGUCAAUAAUCCGAGUCCAGCGAGUGUCAAUCGCUGCCCAAGACCCCCCGAGAGCCUUCCGAACGCAGAGAUCUCCAUUCACUAUUCGGGAGACAUGUAUGCGAUCAAUUGCGCUCCUGGCUUCUUCAUAGAGAACACAAGGCAGAGGUACACACUUGUUCAGUGCAAUCCGGGAUUCGGGGAUUCCUCUGGAUCAUGGAGCCCUGCCUUACCACCACGGUGCAUGCGCGGAGGCGAUCGGGAGCCCUUGCCGCCAAGUGGUAGCAGACUAGAUCUCUUCGGUCGAAGGCUCCCCCAAACUCUGACAGGUGAAAAGGCUGCCAGACAGGAUGAACAGCUCAGAGAACAGUUCCGACGUCAUGCCAUGCAGCUGGUGGAAUUCGCGAAAGCUCAAAACCGCGAACUCAGGCGGAGAGGCGUUCCACCAGAGCAAAUUUCGGAGCGAAGCCGAAGUCUGCCGAUCGUUUCGACGAUAACGGACGAGGAGAAGGCGGAACUCUUCCGUAAAAACGAACAGUUCUACCGUGAAAUCGAGGCUCUGCUGGCCAAUAUCAGAGAAGAGCGCAUCCGUCAACGGCGGCAAAACGUUUUGCUCACGCCUCGGGCUCCGGCUCCUGAUACGAGCGUAGGAAUGCAUAUACCGGCCAUUCUCGAACACCUCAGAGCGCAGAUUUCGCAGAACAAUCUCACCCAAUCAGACAUUGAUCUGAUGAUCAUGCUCUCCGAGGAGGACCGCUUGAAAUACCUUGACGAUAAGAAGAAUCAACGAGAAAAGUCGAGGAGUGAUCCCGUGCGAAGUCAAGAUUUCGUUCGGAAGGCUUUGGCCGAGAAGGCGAAGCUGGUCAAGAAGAAUUCCGCUGAGAGCUCCGCUGAGAUCGACAACUCCAUCGAUUCGUCGAAAACGGAGCGUCCGAGUUCUCCUCCACCGAGCGAAAACGAUCCGGCAACGUCCACUACGGAAGCGACACCGACAACGGCGUCAUGGGAGACCACGACUUCCACUGAGCCGGCCACGGAAAUGUCAGAAGAGUCCACUGAAGUCGAAGGGGAAGAAGAAGCGGGAAUGACCGAAGAUAAUCUGUUUGAUCCAUCAUCGAACGAGACCAUGAUGAUUGCAGCGGCCACGAAGUCUUCAAGCGUCAGGAAAGGCUUCGACGACUCGUGCAGGUAUCAGGCGGCAGAGGCUCCAGAGAUCAAAAAUGGUUUCAUCGUCAGCUAUGAGGAGCUCAGCUUCCCUGAGGGCAAAGUUCUCCAAGCCAAUUACAGGUGCUUCGAGGACUACUCUUUCGAAUUCGAGAAAGCGACUAAAGUUCUGUGCCGCAAUGGAAAAUGGGUCGGGGAAUUGCCAUCCUGCAUCCCUGACGAGGAUAUGGACCAGGAGGAUGGGGACCUUGAGGGGAAUGAUUCUCAGAUCAACAAGCUAGACUGAUGGCAUUGCCGCAAUCGCUCGCAUGUACAUUAGAAGCACCGCUGUCUUGACACUCGUGCUCUUUUACUUCUAUGUAUUUAUAUAUAUGAUACGAAGCUACUUUUAUCUUCAUCGUACUUUAAGGACGACUGCGAGGCAGGGGAAGGGAAGAAAUGAGCGAAAACUGCCAUUAUGACGAGUAAAACUCUUUUUCGGGAGCGAUCUCGAGGAGGGGAAGCGAUUCGCCAUCUUCGAGAUCGAUCGUUUCUGCUGCCAUGUUUCGGACGAAAGUUGUAGGGUUAGCCAGCAACGAUUAAUGUGUCUUAAGAUUUAAGAUAGAUAGACCUCUGGUCAGGAUGGAUUUUAGACUCCUGAUAUCCCGUCAUCUUAACUUCGAUUCUUCAUUCGAUGGAGGGACUCCGAUGUUCAAGUUCAACUUCGCUUUGAAUAAAAUUCGGAUUCUUUUCUGAGCUCUGC